AUGCCUGUUACCAUGACUGACGCCGUACCUUUACUGAAGUCCACGCAUGCCAACUGCGUGUGCCGUGUGUGCCUCGACGUGUUCACGAAGCCGGUAUGCCUCCCCUGCGGCCACAUCCUGUGCCGCGCCUGCGCUACCCGCUGCAUCGCAGCACGCCCGCGGUGCCCGCUGUGCAAUCAAGCGGUGCCAAACCUGCGCCACUGUGCACCGCUGCCGCAGCUGUCCAUCUUUUGUGUGCUGACGCGUGAGGUGGGGCUGCGUGCCAGCGGGCGUCAGCUGCGAUCAUCCGUGCAGAACGCGGCAACGCCGCUCUCUCACAGCGACCACGACUCCUCUAUGAAGCGGCAUCGAGGCGCCACAGGAGACGACGCGCUUGAGGGAACGCAAGGGGUGCAUCAGGCACCGCGGCCGCGUCGCUCGUCACUGUCACCACCGCCGGAACAGCGGCCCUUCUUGUCAUUGCGUGAGCCUCAGGCACCACAUCGUGGCGCGAAUCCAGCCACUGUCACCGAGGGCAGCACCGCAAAUCAUGCUCAGCACGCGAGUCUACCAGAGCUUCUGCGUGCUGCAGCCGGCGAAACGCAGCGACUGCACAGUGAGUCACCUUCACCACCACCGUUGGUGGUGGGAGAGGGUGCUGUGGUCGUGGGCGAAGCACCGCGCCACUCGAUCAUCGCUCAGGUCACCACAUCUUUGCCGUCUGCCGUCGCGCAUCGUGUGGGGGAUAGCAGCGCGUUUGGACGAGGCCAGGAUCGACCGCCGACACCCACACCACCUCCGGCACUGUCGCCCUCACCAGCGCCAUUCUCCACCCCCUUUCAGCUGAUGCGCAACCACAUCGCGGACCACGUUGAUCAGCUCGAUUCGACGCCGCGGCUGAGCCCGCCACCCUUCACAGCAUUUGGGGUUGUAGAGGCGGCGAGUACCAUACAUCUCAGUGAUCAGGCAUCGUCAAGAGUACUCGCUUCUGAACAUUUAUCGAACUCCAAGACAGCAUCCGCGCUGAGCCUGUGGAGACGCGGCCGGGGAGUGAUACACUGCACGCUUACCCCGCCUGCAGCGCGGCUUCUGGCACGACAAGCUGGAGUAGCUGAUGGGGCAGGCCGAGCAAAGACGGAGGCCGCGUCAACAGCAGCCUCAUCGUGGCUCGCCGUCUCCGCUGGCACGGCCGCCUCACUCUGGCACCGCUUCGGCUGCUGUGCCCUCUGUGGCCUUGACGUGGUGCAGCGCACGGUGGUGCGACAGCGUCUGCAACGACUCCUGCGAUCCCCGACGGCGCACUGCGAUCCAGCGGAGUUGGCUAUGCAGACUGAGGAGAGCCUCUCGCUGCUGCUGGGGCCGUUGUGGGGUGUGUGCUGCGAGGUGCAGGAGCAUAGCACCAACAGCGCACGAUCACGGGUGCCGACGUGCGAAGGUGAGUACACGACAACCGAACUCGACGCGGUGCAGGGGAGCUACUGUUGUCCUUGUCGUGGCGAGGUGACAGCGCACCACUUUACGGGCGUGGCUCACCACAAUUGUCUGGCGUGGGCUGGACUUCUAGACUUCUUCACAAACACCUCUCUCGAAGACCUUCCCGCCACCGCUGCUGCUGGGGUGUACUUCGUCCCCAGCACGACCGCAUCGCUGCACAUGACGGUGCCGCUGCAGGAUCCAUUGGAGGUUCUCGCGGCGCGCACAUCAGGUCGCGUGGCUCGUUGGCAGCUGCUGGCCGCGACUUUGUGUCACGUGCAUCAACGGGACUCGGAUGCAGAGAGUGAGCUGUGGCAACGCGCUCAGACCUCUGGUGGAAGCGGCGCAGAAGGACCGCUGAUGACACCGCGUUGCGCGCUGUGCGAGGACGGUGCACCGCUGCUAGCCUCUAACUCCCGUUCGUUUCCUUUUGGGGCGGGUCUGCGCACGUGCGAGGGCACGGAGCGUGGCGAGAGUAGCUGCGGUCAGCAGUACCACUACCCCUGCGCCCUGCUCGCCGGCGCCUCGGCCUGUGUCAUAUUCGGCUUGGAAGAUGAGUGCAAUGUGCUGGACCCCAGCGCGAACACACUCGUGCGCGAUCGUAGCGCUGGAGGGAGGCGCAGUGGCCUCGAACUUCCAGUGCAGGUUUGGUGCGGGGCCUGCCACGAGCGGCACGAGGCCCGCCGUCGGCGUGUGUGA